GGCCCCGCUAGCCCUGCGGCGCCGAACUCUGUAGUCUCGGAAGCUCGCAGGAUGGGGGAGAAGAUGGCGGAGGAGGAAUUCUCCAACACAACCCAUGAGACCUUCAACUUCACCCUUCACACCACCUUGGGUGUCACCACGAAGCUGGUGCUGCCGACACCUGCCAAGCCUAUCCUUCCGGUGCAGACGGGAGAGCAGGCCCAGCAGGAGGAGCAGUCGAGCGGCAUGACCAUUUUCUUCAGCCUCCUCGUACUAGCCAUCUGCAUCAUCCUGGUGCACCUGCUGAUUCGGUACCGCCUGCACUUUCUGCCUGAGAGCGUGGCUGUGGUUUCUCUAGGUAUUCUCAUGGGAGCAGUUAUAAAAGUUAUAGAGUUUAAAAAGCUGGCAAAUUGGAAGGAGGAAGAAAUGUUUCGCCCCAACAUGUUUUUCCUUCUCUUGCUCCCACCUAUCAUCUUUGAGUCGGGAUACUCACUGCACAAGGGGAACUUCUUCCAGAACAUCGGUUCCAUCACUCUCUUCGCUGUCUUUGGAACGGCAAUCUCGGCUUUUGUAGUAGGUGGAGGAAUUUACUUUCUGGGUCAGGCUGAUGUAAUCUCUAAACUCAACAUGACAGACAGUUUCGCAUUUGGCUCCCUGAUAUCUGCAGUCGACCCAGUCGCCACUAUUGCGAUUUUCAACGCACUGCAUGUGGACCCUGUGCUCAACAUGCUGGUGUUUGGAGAAAGCAUUCUCAACGAUGCCGUCUCCAUCGUCCUCACCAACACGGCUGAAGGUCUAACAAGAAAACAUAUGUCAGAUGUCAGUGGGUGGCAAACGUUCUCACAGGCCCUCGGCUACUUCCUCAAAAUGUUCUUUGGCUCCGCAGCACUUGGCACGCUGACUGGCUUGAUUUCAGCAUUAGUGUUGAAGCACAUUGACCUGAGGAAAACGCCUUCCCUGGAGUUUGGCAUGAUGAUCAUUUUUGCUUACCUGCCAUACGGGCUGGCAGAAGGAAUCUCACUCUCAGGCAUCAUGGCGAUCCUGUUUUCUGGCAUCGUGAUGUCACACUAUACACACCAUAACCUCUCCCCAGUCACCCAGAUCCUCAUGCAGCAGACGCUCCGAACUGUGGCCUUCCUGUGUGAAACAUGUGUGUUUGCGUUUCUUGGCCUCUCCAUUUUUAGUUUCCCUCACAAGUUUGAAAUUUCCUUUGUCAUCUGGUGCAUAGUGCUGGUCCUGUUUGGCAGAGCCGUCAACAUCUUCCCUCUGUCCUAUCUGCUGAACUUCUUCCGAGAUCACAAAAUCACCCCCAAGAUGAUGUUCAUCAUGUGGUUCAGUGGUCUUCGAGGGGCCAUCCCCUAUGCACUGAGCCUGCACCUGGGCCUGGAGCCCAUGGAGAAACGUCAGCUCAUCGGCACCACUACCAUCGUCAUCGUGCUCUUCACCAUCCUGCUGCUGGGCGGCAGCACCAUGCCCCUCAUCCGCCUUGUGGACAUCGAGGACUCCCGGGCUCGCCGAAGGAGCAAGAAAGACGUCAACCUCAGCAAGACUGAGAAGAUGGGUAAUGCCAUCGAGUCAGAGCACCUGUCAGAGCUCACUGAGGAAGAGUACGAAGCUCACUACAUCAGACAGCAGGACCUCAAAGGCUUCAUGUGGCUGGAUGCCAAGUACCUGAACCCCUUCUUCACACGGCGGCUGACACAGGAGGACCUCCACCAUGGCCGCAUCCAGAUGAAGAGCCUCACCAACAAGUGGUAUGAGGAGGUCCGUCAAGGACCAUCAGGCUCUGAGGAUGACGAGCAGGAGUUGUUCUGAGCUCACAGUGCCUCACUCAGCCUCCUCAGAACACAAGAUGGCCCGCAGAGGAUGGCAGUUACCAGCCUCCUUCCUGCUUCUCUGCCAGGCCACAGAGAAAGCCUUGGAAGGCUGCUUGCUCAUCUCAUGCCAUGCCUGGGCCGUGCCUUCCUCACCUCCGGAGCAGCUGCUGGCAGGCACAUCUUCCAUUUGUCUUGGAAUUGUCACGGUGCCUUGGUGUCAGCAGCAGUAACUUGGUGCCAAGGCCAAGAGAGAACAGCCCCUGUUCUGUGUCUGGCACUCCCCAAGAGAAAGGCUGAUGGACUUUCUUAACAUGGUACUGGCACUUCCCAGCCUGCUUUUGGGAAGGCACCUAUGACCUCUGUGGGCACAGUGAAAAUGUUUACACUGGUGCAUGGCAGGGGUCAACCUGAAUGCUUCUAGCAAAGGUGUUCACCCAUCCCCUGGGUUUGGAGUGUUCUCUGAAGAGACAAAAUGGAAGCACAGGGUCUUUGGGAGUGUGGGAGUCACCUCCAUGUCCCCUCUCCUAUCUCCCACUGCCUCAUCUCUCAUUCUUCUGUCCCCCCAGCGGCCUCUUUCUAGACCCUGUAAUGUGAAGCUCCUUCCACCCAGCUGCUGAUCAGAGCCCAGCUUUGUUUUUUACCAGUUUCUGGAGCUUGGGUCCUCUGCCCUCCAUGCCACAGCCCCAGCUCUCCAGGGCACUGGGGCCAUGCUCCCCACUUGGGCCACUUGACUUUGGGUCACAGAAACACACACCCAUGCAUGUCGCAGGAUAAGGGGCUGGAUCAUACCACAAGCAAUGGUUGUAACCUGAUGUCCUCACCUGCCCUUUUAUGAGUGGUGCCCUCUGCCCAUCCGUGGCCCUUCAGCAACUACCCACGUGGGUCUUCAUCCGCCAUUGUACUCUGGGUGGCUGUAUAUGGCCCUGACUCACAAUGGGGACCAAGUAGGCCUUGUUGCAGGUGUUUCUAACCUCAGGUACUGUGGUUCUGAUUUUGGGAAGGACCGCCAGGUCUCUAAUGCCCUGCCACCUCACUGUGCUGCAGAAGUCGGUGAAGUUGGAAACCUGCAGUUUGCUUCUGUACAGCAGCUCACGUGUCCUUGGCAAAGCCAAGGUAUGGUCCUCUUCCUUGUCUCUCACCUUAGCCCUGGAACUGGAGCCGCUCGCUUUGUGGCCUUGUGUAAUGUUGGGGUAAGGGGCUGUGUUCAGGCUGGGUUGUUCUCUGAGAACUCAGGCUCCAUUUUUGAGAUGAAGAAUCAGGGUAUCAUUCCUUGCCCCUUGUCUCCAGGUCUCCUGUCCCUGGUCCAUCAUUCUUGGCCCCUCCUUCUAGCUGAGACCUGAAGCCAGCUUCCCAGAGUCUGGUGAGAACGUUAGCUCUGUGCACCAGCUCUGCUGAGCACCAGGAGGUGCCUCUGCCUCUUGCUGGAGGACAUAGGCUUAGCACCCUGAGAGACUGUCCAGCCCUUCAGAGCCACUGGUCAGGGAGCAAAGUGCUAGAUGCCUUUCCUUUCUCGGACAUUUUACCUGAGAGACAAACUGCUGCCAGCACAUCUCAGACCUGCUCGUUCUGAUGUGUGCGUGCGGUAGCAAAGGCAGGGAUGCUACAAGAUGCUGCCGCAGUUGCAUUUCAGGUUUAGGCCAAGGGGCACACAGAAGCUAAAAUACUCAAGAGUAUAUUAACAUGGGUGCCCCUGGGUACCUGGCACUUUAGCCAGUAAGCAUGCCACCCUGUACUUGCUGGUGGUCCAUCCCUGCAGUAUUUCCGAGCCAGGUCUUGGAAUCAGUGACUUGCUUCCUGCAGUGCUGUGGUCACAGGCCCCUCCAGUCAGCCAUGUCUAGCAGCUUAGCAGGCUGAGGGGCUCGGUGUGCAGAUUUCUUUUUGUGCAGCAGAAUGCCAAGAGACUGAGCAGGGAGUCUUCUUAAAACCUAACCAGGUCCACGUGCCCGUGGUAGGUCUGGGGCCAGGCAGCUGCUGCUGUCCUGGUUCCUCCUCCCUUAGCUGUGGAUCCAUGUAGUAGAGGUCAGCCGCUCCUGGCACAACAGGAUCCAGUAGCUGUCUACCACCCACAAGGUUUCUAAGAUACCAUGUGGAGACAGGGUCCUCCCCAUCCUCUUCAGAAAUAGCAGCUUGUUUUCUCUGCUGGCAUGUGUCCAGGGUACCAGGUCCCAGCAGGAGGAGGCAGACUGUUAACUGAACACGCAUAGGAACAGGAGGCAGUGAGAGCCUGUGGGAGGAAGGGCCUUCUAGUGACCCUGCUUCUCCAUCCUGCCUCCCACCUGUCCACCCAGUUUCAGAGUUGGGAGGGGCCGUGGCUCCCUCACCCAGGCUUGCUGGCUGUGGCCCUGUUUUAGAGCCAUGGCAGCGCAGGCUGGUGAGUGGUAGAGUUGUACUGCUUCCACCAAGGAGAAGCUGAAGGCUCUCCUCACAAGCCUGGGUUUCUUUCUUCUCUGACAUGGAGGGUUUUGGAAGCCCUAGUUUUCUGUUGUGAUUUAGGGAGACUGGCUGGGAGCCAUUGUUCAAGGUCCCUGGGGCCUUUGCUGCUUUGGGAAGGGCCUGGGGUCUGAGCUGCGGGGGAAGCUAUCAACUCCCUCAUCUGGAGCUUCCCUCUUGCCUGUCUGCUCCCCUCACCCUCAAUGCUGAAUUGGGGGAAGGGUGCCCCAGGUCACAUGACUGGAUAGUUAGAAAUAAAGUGCUAUGCAGUCAGAGCUGA